AUGUCCCGCCUCCUCCGUGGCCUCCCCAAACACCUACUCGGCACCACCCAAACAACCCGAGCAACCCGAGCAACCCGAGGAACCCGAACCAGCUUCACCACCAUCCAACGGCCCUACUCGUCCUCCUCCCCCUCCUCCUUCGACCCAGGCCCCUCCCCCCCAAGGCUCCCCCCCGACGAGCAAGCCGAAUUCGAGCGCCUCCAGCGCAAAGCAGCCAUCUCCUCCGCCUUCCACCCCGACGACGCGCAACUCGUCUCCUCGUCCUCCUCCUCGUCCUCCUCCUCGUCCCCUUCCUCGCCCGCCGCCCCGUCAUCCACGCCCCGGCACACGACCUCGGCCACAUCACAGACACAACCGCAAUCGCAGCCACAGCAACAACAAACACAAGAAGCGGAAGACUCGGAUCCCAACCCGGGCGGCGUCUUCCGCGGCGCCCCGCCCGAGUUCGAGGGCGAUGUGAAUCCGCGCACCGGCGAGGUCGGCGGGCCUAAGAACGAGCCGCUGCGGUGGGGGGACAAGAGCGAUUGGAGCUAUAAUGGGCGCGUUACCGACUUUUAG